AUGAUUGCGUCUCUCACAAUGGUACGGAGGCGAUCGGCCCCCAAUGGUGGCAAUGAUGCCGACCAAAAUAACUCUCCCCGACCGACCAGAAAUAUUACUGGACCUCAAUCGGCCUUGACAGACUUCUUAGCUUCACAUAACAUUUCAGCAAGACAGAUCCGUGACGAAGCCGACGCUCGUCGUCAAGCUGUAGUUGAUCAGGCCCGUGCAAAUGGAGAUUCCUCCACAGUAGCCGAGUCGAGCGCCACGGCAAGUCGACGUGCGCCUGGUGGCACAAAAACCACCCAGAAGCAAAGGGAAGAGCAAAAAGCCAUCGAAAAAAUCAAGGCCAGCAAAGCAUUCAAGAAACGCAAGAAGAAUGCAGAUGGUGACGAAGACGAAGACGACAUUGCGCGCGCAAUCUUUGAGCAAACCCUGGCGCCCUUACCUGGUCAAAUGGACAACUGCGAGAUUUGCGACAAGCGCUUUACUGUUACACCAUACUCUGUCGCCGGGCCAAAUGGCGGUCUUCUGUGUGCACCUUGUGGGCGAGAAAUAGCCAAAGAGCGAGAGGGUCAAAAACCGAAAAAGAAGCCUCGAAAGCAAGCGGGCGGAAUCGGUGUUCGCCGAACCACGCAAAGCCGAAUUCUCGACGGCGAUGUGGGAACCAAGAGCCUGGCCACACUCUGUGUCCAAACACUUGCAAAGAAUGUGGACUUGGCCGAGAGUUUGGGUGACUUACCUGAGCAUCUUGUCGACAAAAUCGGGCGAAUCUUCUCCAAGCGCCGACUGCUCAAGCCAGAGACUCUCCCGCUUUUCAUCCAGCCCAAUACCGAGAUUCUGCACAUCUACGAUGGUGCUAGGCUUGGCGACAACGAUCUAAUCAGCAUAUUCCAAGUAGCCACAAAAUUGCGCCACUUCAAGGUGCGGUGUGCAAUUCAAUUCAAGGACGAAGUCAUGGACUACCUGCUCUCGCGAGAUACCUGCCUGGAAACAUUUUAUCUCCAUGGUGCAAAUCUGCUGAGCGAAGCGAAAUGGCACGAAUUUCUCGCGGCAAAGGGUGCCAAUCUGCGACGGCUACAGGUGUACUACACGGACCUGCACUUUGGAGACGACACAAUCGUUGAGCUGCGGAAGCACUGCCCGCAACUGCAACGGCUCAAGGUCGAAAACAAUCAGAAGCUUACGAGUGAAGGUGUCAAAGCCAUUGGAGCGCUCACCUCUCUCGAACAUGUCGGUCUUCAAGUUCACCACAAAAUUACGUCAGAAUCAUUGACCGAAUGUAUUGCUGGCAUUGGAGAAAACUUGCAGACUCUGUCGUUGAAGAUCUUCCCAGAUGCUAGCGACGACGUGCUGGAGGCGAUUCAUAACCACUGCAGAGCCCUCACUAAGCUGCGAAUUACCGAUAGCGAAGUCAUGACGGAUGCCGGUUUUGCGAAACUGUUUACGGAGUGGGACAAUCCCGAGGUGCCCUUCAUUGACCUGCAAAAGUGUCGUCAGGUCGACGCUGCCCACCCACGGGAGAAUCCCAAGAAUCUAGGCCUUUGCAGCGAAGGAUUCAAGGCGCUCAUGGCACACUCGGGGCCCAAACUGAGGCAUCUCAAUAUCCAUGCCUGUCGACACAUUUCGCGCGAGGCGUUUGAGGAAGUCUUCAGCGAAAGCGCAACGUAUCCAGAGCUGCGCUCAUUGGAGAUUAGCUUCUGUGAGGAGGUGACGGAUUUUAUUUUGGGCAGUAUAUUCCGAGCCUGCCCGAAGAUCAAGGAGGUGAACGUGUUUGGAUGCAUGAAGGUCAAGGACAUCUUGGUCCCGCGAGGUGUUAUUCUGGUCGGUGUGCCCAACGCACAGGGCAUGAUGACCGAGGGCACACAUUGA